AUGCAGCUCUCCUAUCUUCUUAUCUACUUUGCUGCUUGCAUUAGCUCCACUGUUGCUCUUCCCACCGAAGGUGUCGUUGAACCGGAGGGCUACACUGGUGCUGGUGGUGUAGCUAUCCUGAAUGGUAUCGAGCUGCCCGCUUCUAAGCGUGACGAGCUGGAGCUGGAGGGCUAUACAGGUGCCGGGGGUGUCGCCAUCCUCAAUGGUGUUGACCUUCCCACCAGUGAUUAG